UUGAUGACAUAUAGAACUUGAUAUUUAAAAGAGAGUCGACACAUUUAAGGACACUUUAUCUUUGAGAAUAAAAACUCAUAUAGAAAAAUAAUGAAUGGAAUAUUUCUAUGUUUUCUAGCCAUUGGUGCCGUUUUCUACAGUGUAAAUGCUAUUGAUAAAGCAUGCCCUUUCAAGCCUGUCGAUAUUGUCUUCGUUCUUGAUGGUUCAGGCAGUGAGGGUCAAGCAAAUUUCAAUAAACAGCUUCAGUUUGUUUCGAACAUAACCGAGCAGUUUGAAAUUGGUGAGAAUAAUACCCGUGUCUCACUGGUCACGUUUGCUACCGGAACUCACAACGAAUUCUACCUGAACCGGUACUACAAUAAGACAGAGCUUCUGUCACACAUAGCAAAGGCAGGGUAUCCGGAUGGGGAAACAAACACACAUUUAGCAAUCAAUUAUGUGCGUAGUCAGACACUGUCUCCGAGACAUGGUGCUGAAAGAAAUGUGACAAAGCUUGUCAUCGUGUUGACGGAUGGACGGUCGUUAGAACCAAGCUUGCUCGAGCGCUCUGUCCGUGAUUUGAAGAGAAAUCCACUUGUCACUACAAUAGCCGUUGGAAUAGGAAGCUCAGUAGAUCCAAAAGAACUGCAAAUGAUUGCCAGUGACUCAAACCACACUUUCCAAGUCAGCUCGUUUGAUGCUCUCCACACCAUUCAAAACGAACUCACUGACACUGCAUGUAAUGCUUGUAACAACAUCCAGUCCGAUGUUUGUUUCGUCAUUGACUCCUCUGGUAGUGAAGGUGGUGUUAAUUUCCACAAACAGCUGGAGUUUGUAAAUAUGGUUGUUAAUGAAUUUUCGUUCGAAGAUGGCACACAGACACGUGUCUGUCUUAUCACAUUUGCUAAUGACGCACGAUAUGAACUGCAUCUGAAUAACAACCGUGACAAGGAAACUAUCAUGGCAAAUGUUCUAAAAGUACCAUGGAGCAAUGGUGAAACGAUGACGAACACCGGUCUCGAUGCUGUUCGAUCUGAGUUACAUCGCAGUCAUGGAAAUAGAGUAGUAAUUGUGUUAACAGACGGACGGUCGACUGAACCAGAUAGGACAAAGCACUCAGCAGAUCAUUUGCACAGAGCCGGCAUUGAGACAUUUGUCGUAGGGAUUGGUAACAAUGUGGAUAAUAAUGAAUUAAAGGUUAUUGCUUCUGAUAACGACCACGUGUUUAAAGUUAGUACAUUCGAUCAGCUUGCACAAAUCCACCAAGAUGUUGUCGACAAAAUCUGCGCAACUGCUAACAGGGUAACAACAACAACAUCCACCACCACAACUACUUCUACUACAACAACAACAACAACAACUACACUGCCUCCUACAACAACAAAAGCAGCUUGCGGCCUCAAGCCAGCAGAUAUCGUCUUCGUGCUGGAUUCAUCCGACAGUGAAGGUGCUGACAACUUCAAGACAGAGGUGGAGUUCGUAUAUGACUUUGCCGCCCAAUUUUCAAUUGGUACUAAUAACGUCCAGUUCAGUGUCGUCACUUUCUCUUCUGGUGUCCGUAAUGAUUUCUUCUUUAACAAGUACAAUUCCAGAAACGCCGUUCUUCAUGCUAUACGUAACAUUCAGUAUAUGGGACAAGGGACGAAUACAUCCGGUGCUUUGAAUUUUGUGCGGACACAAACUCUACUUCCAGCAAACGGUGCGAGGACAAAUUCCUCCAAGUUUGUUAUAGUCAUCACCGACGGACGAUCUGACAACCAGGAUCAAACCAAACACGAAGCAAACCUUCUACACAGACAAGCGGAGGUUCUCUCUGUGGGUAUUGGGCCGGGUGUCGACCAAACAGAGGUGGCCAAAAUCGCUUCGAACCAUCAUGUUGUAACAGUGAAUAGUUUUCAUUUGCUUAAAACUAUUAAGAAGCAAUUAACUGAUCUAGCUUGUGAGUCGGCCAUUGGCACAGUUUGCUACAGUGUCAAUGCUAUUGAUAAAGCAUGCCCUUUCAAGCCCGUCGAUAUUGUCUUCGUUCUUGACGGUUCAGGCAGUGAAGGUCAAGUAAAUUUCAGUAAACAACUUCAAUUUGUUUCAAACAUAACCGAGCAGUUUGAAAUUGGUGAGAAUAAUACCCGUGUUUCGUUGAUCACGUUCGCUACCAGAGUUCAUAACGUAUUCGACCUGAACCGGUACUACAAUAAGACACAGCUUCUCUCACACAUAGCAAAGGCAGGGUAUCCUAAUGGGGAAACAAACACACAUUUAGCAAUCAGUUAUGUGCGUAGUCAUACACUGUCUCCGAGACACGGUGCUGAACGAAAUGUGACAAAGCUUGUCAUCGUGUUGACAGACGGACAUUCGUUAGAACCAAGCUGGCUCGAGCAUUCUGUCCGUGAUUUGAAGAAAAACCCACUUGUCACUACAAUAGCCGUUGGAAUAGGAAGCUCAGUAGAUCCAAAGGAACUACGAAUGAUUGCUAGCGAUUCAAACCAUACCUUCCAAGUCAGCUCGUUCGAUGCCCUCCACACCAUUCAAAACGAACUCACUAGCACUGCAUGUAAUGCUUGUAACAACAUCCAGUCCGAUGUUUGUUUCGUCCUUGACUCCUCUGGUAGUGAAGGUGCUGUUAAUUUCCACAAACAGCUGGAGUUUGUAAAUAUGGUUGUCAAUGAAUUCUCGUUCGAAGAUGGCACACAGACACGUGUCUGCCUUAUCACAUUUGCUAAUAAUGCACGAUAUGAAUUGCAUCUGAAGAACAACCGUGACAAGGAAACUAUAAUGGCAAAUGUUCUAAAAGUACCAUGGAGCAAUGGUGAAACGAUGACAAACACUGGUCUCGAUGCUGCUCGAUCUGAGUUUCGUCGCAGUCAUGGAAAUAGAGUAGCAAUUGUGUUAACAGACGGACGGUCGACUGAACCAGAUUGGACAAAACACUCAGCAGAUGGUUUGCAUAGAGCUGGCGUUGAGACCUUUGUCGUAGGGAUUGGUAACCAUGUGGAUAAUAAUGAAUUAAAGGUAAUUGCUUCUGAUAACGACCAUGUUUUUCAAGUUAGUACAUUCGAUCAGCUUGCACAAAUCCACCAAGAUGUUGUCGACAAAAUCUGCGCAGCUGCUAACAGGGUAACAACAACAUCAUCCACCACAACCACUACAACAACAACCACUACACUGCCUCCUACCACAACAAAAGCAGCUUGCGGUCUUAAACCAGCAGACAUCGUCUUCGUCUUGGACUCUUCCGACAGUGAAGGUGCUGACAACUUCAAGACAGAGGUAGAGUUCGUAUAUGACUUUGCGGCCCAAUUUUCAAUUGGUACGAAUAACGUCCAGUUCAGCGUCGUCACCUUCUCUUCUGAUGUCCGUAAUGAUUUCUUCUUUAACAAGUACAAUUCCAGAAACGCCGUUCUUCAUGCAAUACGUAACAUUCAGUAUAUAGGACAAGGAACGAAUACAUCCGGUGCUUUGAAUUUUGUGCGCACGGAAACUCUUCUUCCAACGAAUGGCGCUAGAACAAACUCCUCUAAGUUUGUUAUAGUCAUCACCGACGGACGAUCCGACGACCAGGAUCAAACCAAACACGAAGCACAACUUCUACACAGACAGGCGGAGGUUCUCUCUGUGGGUAUUGGACCGGGUGUCGACAAGGCGGAGUUGGCCAACAUCGCUUCGAAUCAUCAUGUUGUAACGGUGAACAGUUUUGCGUUGCUUAAAACUAUUAAAAGACAACUAACUGAUCUAGCUUGCGAGUCGGGUUAAUGUAAUGUAAUAAAAUGUAAUAAAUUGUUUGGCAAG